UGAAGUAGAAGCACCAGACGCUUAACCAUUAUUGAUACCAUGUAAAUGAAUAAGCUUUGUUCUCUAUCUUAAAGCAGUUUUGCAAGUCACAAUGAUCUGCUUAUAACAACAGGAGUUCCUGUUUCUCCUCCAGAUUUUGUGUAAGAAGAUCAAGUCUAUCCUUGUGCAAUGUGCUCCUUUGUCGGAAGAACUGCUGGUGCUGAGUAAUCCAAAGUUUUUUUUUUUUUUUUCAUGUGGCUGAUGCAAACCUGGGGAAUUUGCAUCAUCACUCGGCAGAAAUAACCUAGUGUGACAGCAGACUAAAUGCCGUACAAAUCAUCAAACCCAUAAGGAAACUGACUUGGUCUUCAAUAAUAGGGCAGUGAAGCAGCAGAUGUUACUGAGAGCAACUGAGAGCAACAAGUUGUAGCUUUAAGAAACUUUACAUUGCAGACGUUAUAUUGGAAAACUAGAGGCAAGUUCUACCUGCACUGCACUUUUUUUAUUUUUCGAUUUCACUUUUAGACCAUUGUUCUUUUAACCAUGUAUAAGAAAUCUGCUUCUGCUGAUGUGUCCAUGAUAUCCCAAGGCAGCUGCUACCUGGAAAAGGAAUCACAAGAUACGUUACCAUCAAAAAAGGGUAAAAAUGCCGACAGCAGAGGAAAGGUGGAACUGAAAAAGAAAGUGACCUUAUUGAGAGGAAUCUCUAUAAUUAUUGGGACUAUCAUAGGAGCAGGAAUUUUUAUCUCCCCUAAAGGAAUCCUACAAAACACCGGUAGUAUAGGAAUGUCCUUAAUUGUUUGGACUGCCUGUGGCAUCCUGUCUCUUCUUGGUGCUCUUUGCUAUGCAGAACUUGGAACAUGUAUAAAGAAAUCUGGCGGCCACUACACAUACAUCCUAGAAGCUUUUGGUCCAUUACCUGCAUUUGUUCGGGUGUGGGUAGAACUGCUUGUUAUUCGGCCAGCUGCUACGGCAGUGAUAUCACUAGCAUUUGGACGCUAUAUCCUGGAGCCUUUCUUUAUACAAUGUGAAAUACCAGACCUCGCUGUCAAAUUAGUUACAGCACUUGGAAUAACCCUUGUAAUGGUCCUGAACAGUAUGAGUGUUAGCUGGAGUGCUCGUAUUCAGAUUUUCUUGACCUUUUGCAAGCUUGUAGCAAUUCUGAUAAUUAUAGUCCCUGGAGUUAUGCAGCUAAUUAAAGGAGAGACACAGAACUUCAAAGAUGCCUUUGUUGGGAAAGAUGUCAGUGUUAUGGGGCUCCCUUUGGCUUUUUAUUCUGGAAUGUAUGCAUACGCUGGCUGGUUUUACCUCAAUUUUGUUACUGAAGAAGUAGAAAACCCAGAAAAAAACAUACCUCUUGCAAUAUGCAUAUCAAUGGCGAUCGUAACAGUUGGAUACGUCUUGACCAAUGUGGCCUACUAUACAGCCAUUACAGCAGAAGAACUCGUCCUCUCCAGUGCAGUUGCAGUGACAUUUGCUGAACGUCUCCUGGGAAACUUCUCCCUGGCUGUUCCCAUUUUUGUUGCAUUGUCUUGCUUUGGCUCAAUGAAUGGUGGAGUUUUUGCUGUUUCAAGAAUGUUCUAUGUAGCCUCUCGAGAAGGUCACCUUCCAGAGAUCCUUUCUAUGAUUCAUGUACACAAGCAUACUCCUCUGCCAGCUGUCAUUGUUUUGGUAAGCUAA